UGAGUUUAUGUCUUUAAGUAUUACGAUCGUUGAUUGUUGAAUCAUUGGAAAGGUUAUUUGGUCAUCAUGCCUCCCAAAAGUCCCAAAACUGCUGCAGUUAAGGGAGACAUUCGAAAUUUUUUCACGUCGAUCGCCCCGAAAUCGUCGAAAUCACCGGGUUCAGCAUGGAUUUGAAAGACGAGGAUGCAGGGAAACGAAAGAAGAAAGCCAUGGUUCUUGUUGACUCCACAGAUUCAGACUCGGAAGGGUCUAUCAUGAAACCUGCGUUCUUAAAGAAAACAAAAGUGGAAGAUAUACCAAAGAAGGAGACUGUUGUUUCAGCCUCCAAACUCAAGAAAAAUGCCGAAACACCUGAAAUUCCACUUCAACCUGUUGACAUUGGCUCAGUAUUCGGCAACAAGCCCAUCCAGAGGAGCAAGGAAAUACCAGAGAAAAGGAAAAGAACAUUCAUUGAAGAUCACAGUGAUGAAGAUUUUGAAGCCACACUGCAGCAGUUGGCUGAAGCCCCAGUGACGAAAAAGUCAAAAGUGGUUGAAAAGUCAACAAGUAAAAAGGGCAAACCUGAUUCUCCAACCAAGAAAGAGAAAAUCAAAUCUCCUGCCAAGGAAAAGAAAUUAAAGUCUAGCCCUCCAUCUAAAAAUGAGAAAACAUCUUCAAAAGAGUCAGCCCGGGUGGAAGUAAAGAGGGAAUCUGACAAGUAGAGAAAGGCUGCUGAUUCAUCCGUCACUCCCAAUAAGAGCACUCCCACUAAGAAUGCCAAACCCAGUGAAGAGAAAAACCAAAGAAUCAAAUCCCAGCUGAAAGAAAUGUAUUCUAAUUCAAAUAAAACCUCUUCAACCCCCAAGUCAAACAAAAAGAUGAAGGCGGAGACAAAAAUUGUCAAAGAAACUCCCAAAAAGAAGUCGAGCCAAGAUGAUGACGACGACGACCCAGAUGUAAUCG